GAAUACGCCGUUUAACUCGGGAGAGCGGGGCGGGAGGGUCACAGAACCGCCGCGCGCAGCGGGAAGCGCACGUUUGGGCUCCCCCUCUCCUCGCUUGAGGUUCAACAUGGCAAGUACAUUGCAGGACACAGCUAGACUUGAAGAUUCUCAAUCAGAAAAUGUUGAUGCUAAGCUGUCCUUUCUACCUGAAAGACUGAGAAAGAAACUGCUUCCUUUUCAGGAGAAAGGCAUCAUAUUUGCACUUCAGAGAAAUGGCAGGUGCAUGAUUGCUGAUGAGAUGGGGCUAGGUAAAACAAUUCAAGCAAUUGCCAUCUCCUAUUACUAUAAAAAUGAAUGGCCUCUCUUAAUUGUAGUACCUUCAUCUCUGAGGUACCCUUGGGUUGAUGAGAUGGAGAAGUGGAUUCCAGAACUCUCUCCAGAUGAUAUUAGCAUCAUUCAGAGCAAAACUGAUACUGGGAGGAUAUCAACCAGCAAAGUAACGAUUCUGGGGUAUGGCCUAUUAACUUCUGAUGCACAGACUUUAGUAGACACCUUGUACAGGCAGAACUUUAAGGUAGUUGUGAUUGAUGAAUCACACUACAUGAAAUCCAGAAAUGCCACCCGUAGCAAGAUUUUGUUGCCAAUUGUGCAGAAGGCUCUUAGAGCUAUUCUUCUUACUGGAACUCCUGCUCUAGGACGACCUGAAGAGCUUUUCAUGCAGAUUGAGGCACUGUUUCCAAGAAGAUUUGGAACUUGGAGUGAAUAUGCCAAAAAAUACUGCAAUGCUCGUGUCAGGUUUUUUGGUAAAAGGGCUCAAUGGGACUGUAGAGGAGCUUCAAAUUUAGAGGAACUACACCAACUUUUAAGUGAAAUAAUGAUCAGAAGACUGAAGAAUGAUGUUCUAACUCAGUUGCCCCCCAAAGUUAGGCAGCGUAUUUCAUUUGACCUCCCACAAGCUGCAGCUAAGAAUUUAAAUACCACUUUUGCAGAGUGGGAGAAAUUAAUGAGAAAUCUGAAUUCAGAUACUGCUGAAAGCCACUUUUCUGAAGUCAUGAAUCUGAUCACACGCAUGUAUAAAGAAACAGCCAUUGCCAAGGCAGGAGCAGUAAAGGACUAUAUCAAAAUGAUGCUUGAAAAUGACAAACUGAAGUUCCUAGUUUUUGCUCAUCACUUAAGCAUGCUUCAAGCCUGUACAGAGGCAGUUAUAGAAAAAAAGGUUCGCUACAUACGAAUAGAUGGAAGCGUUCCUUCAGCAGAAAGAACACAUCUUGUCAAUCAAUUUCAGAAGGAUCCUGAUACCCGCGUUGCUAUUUUGAGUAUUCAAGCAGCUGGUCAGGGUUUAACUUUCACUGCUGCUACUCAUGUUGUGUUUGCUGAACUAUAUUGGGAUCCAGGCCAUAUUAAGCAAGCAGAAGACAGAGCACACCGAAUUGGGCAGUGCAGUUCUGUGAAUAUUCACUUCCUUAUUGCAAAAGGAACAAUGGAUAUUUUAAUGUGGGCAAUGCUGAAUCGUAAGGCCAAAGUUACAGGCAGCACCUUGAAUGGCAAGAAAGAGAAAAUGCACGCUGAAGAAGGUGAUAAAGAGAAAUGGGAUUUUCUGAGUUUUGCUGAGACCUGGGCCCCAAAUCAAAAUCUAGAAGAUCCCAAAAAUGAACUUCUCUUUACACAUUUUGAAAAGGAAAGGCAGCAUGACAUACGUUCUUUCUUUUCCCCCAUAUCAUCCACUGAGAAGAAACGCAAAAUAUUUUGCGGUAGUGAAUCACUACAUAAUGAUUCAGAACCUUCUGGUGGUACAAAACAAGAGGAUGCAGUGCAGAGUAAUGAAAACCUGGAUUCCACAAUAAUAAGUGAUGUGAAUACAAUUUGUCAUGAAAGUACCUGUGAACCUGAAGCUAAAAAAGCGAGAAGCUUAAGUGGAUCUACUCCAGUCAGCUCCAGUAAGAAAAAGAAAAAACCUUUGACUGGAAAGAAGCCCUUUUUGUUUUCAGAAAAAAACAGUGAAAUCCUUCCUUGUGACUUCAAUACUUCAAGCAAAAGCACAGCUUUAAAUAAAGUUUGGCACUGUAGAGUUUGCACUUACAGUAAUAAUGAAUUCCUCCCUUAUUGUGAAAUGUGCAAUUGUCCUCAAAGCGGUAAUGUUGAGAGAAAUUGUGAAACUCUGUUGAGCCAAUCUGAAGAAGACAUGCCAGAGGACUCCAGAAGAAAUGAAGAGAGAUCAGAGUGCCGUACUAAAGACAGAAGAGAAGAUUUGGGGGAAACAGUGACCCAGCAGUCUGUUGAAAUCAGCAAACAUGGAACCAUUGAAAUUGAAAAUGAAGAAAGUGAAACAAAGUGUGGAAACGGAGACAUAGAUAAAUCUGACACAUUUCAAUUAUAUGAUGGGCUUUUGUUUUGUGCAAGCAAGAAUACUGACAGAAUUCACCUCUAUACAAAGGAUGGUGAACCACUGAAUCACAAUUUCAUUCCAUUGGACAUACAGCUGGAUAACUGGGAGGAUUUACCAGAGACUUUCCAGCAUAAACAAAAUCGUUCAUUGAUCCUGAGGUUUGUGAAAGAAUGGGGUCAUCUAACAGCAAUGAAACAGAAGAUUGUCAGAAAAAGUGGUCAGAUAUUUUGCAGUCCUAUUCAUGCUGCAGAGGAGUUGUCUAAAAAGCAGUCGGUGGUCAGCAGCACAAAAAGGUAUGUGACCAAGGAGGAUGUUGCAGCAGCUUCACUUACCAAAGCUAGCAGCAGUGGGGGCAGCGUUCGCCUCAUCUCAAAAGAAAGUGGAGUUUAUCUGAAGAAUGAAAAUGCUUCUACUGACCAAUCAGGUCAUUCCACGAUGUUGCGUUCGAAAAAUAUAGGAGGUCCCUUGGCUCUCCAGUUGGAGCAGGCUGAAGCUGAAGGCUCCUCCCUAUCCAAGGGUUAUUUGCAAGCCUUGGACAGUCAAGGGAAUCCCUUCUGUCUCAGCUGCCAGCAUCCAAUAGCUCAGCUUGAGCCAGGCUGCCAGACCCAUCCCUGGGACACACGAUUCUGCUCUCAUGCCUGCCAGGAAGACUUCUCAAUCCGCUCUAGUCAGAGCUACCUGAGGACUAAAGUGUUUGAAAUUGAACACGGUGUUUGCCAGUUUUGCAAUCAAAAUGCCCAGGAACUUUAUCUCAGCAUCCGAGAUGCACCUAAGAGUCAGCGUAAAAAACUUCUGGAGAGUUCCUGGAUGUCUCACCUUCCACUUGGGCAGUUGAAUGAAAUCAUAACAAACCCAACAGAAGGCCAGUUCUGGCAGGUGGACCAUAUCAGGCCUGUCUACAGCGGAGGGGGACAGUGCUCCCUGGAAAACCUGCAAACUCUGUGCACAGUCUGCCACAGGGAGAGAACGGCACAACAGGCCAAGGAAAGAAGCCAUAUGAAGAGACGUUCUUUAGCAACGAAGUACGGCUGUGAUAUCACAAAAUUUUUUGUGAAGAUGUAAAAUGCAAACUGCUUGCAGGUCAUUGUAACUCUGGAUCCAGGGUGGUUAUGUAGUUUUCUUCACUGAUUUUAAAACAAAAAAAACCUUUGUAGCCCAUCAUGUUGUUGGUAGGGGGAAGAAAAUGCAGAAUUAAACCCUAGCCGUCAUUUAUAACAUGGAUGUGCUCACCAAAUGGCUUUUGACAGUGCAGGAUACUUGAUCAUGUUUUUAUUUUUAUGACCCUGCAUUUGAAAGCUGAAUUCCUGUGUGCAACAUUCGUGUGACUGUGAAGCAUUAUUGCUUUCUUACUACAGCAUAGUUACAGCCACGAGAAUUUGAGUUGAAACUGCUAUUGGUCUUUCAGGUUUCAGUUGUAUCAGGGACAUUAUGGACCAAGCAGAUCUCUUAGUUUAAAUUCUUUACUUUGUUCACAUGUCAAAACCGCUGGAGAAAACACUGGCUCUGGUGUCUGUUAUGGCAAAAAUAGCACAAGUGAUUUGUUUCUUCUCGAGCUGUCUUACACAGUUCUAUUGGCCAUCACAGGCCUGCUACUGGCUCUGGACCUGACUGACAGGACUCUGGCAGACAGAAUCAACAUCUACUGAAAUCUGGUUUUACUUAAACCAGUUUGUAUUAGAAACUUAGUCAUGACAAAAACAGUAAAUAUUACCAAUUGCCUCACCAAAGGUAGUUGCUGGAAAAUGCUACACUCCUUAAUAAGAGUGUGGAGACACUGGAUAUUCUGGCCUGGUUAGGUGGUGGGUUUUAUGGUUACUUCAAAAAAAUAAAGAAAUACUUUUCUGUUUGUA